CUGAGCUGAGUUUCACAUGCACAUGGAUAACGUCCAGUGGGACCCACGCACAGCCACGUGUUCUCUUCCAUGUCAGAAAAGUUCAGUCUCCGAGCUCACACGUCAGCCAAAAAGGUAAAGAUAGAUAGACACUUCAUAGACAGAGAAGCACAUAAGAAGAAGAAGUGAAGAAAAGGGCAUUUUAUUUUAGUUCCAGAGCUGACAAUUUCCGAUUCUCUCUCCCUCGUUAGGCUUGAUCAUAAUCACAGAUUUGGAAAUUGCUGCAGGAAAAUUUUGGUUUAGAAGUGAUGUCUGUAUUUUUCGAGGAUUAAGUUGGUAUGAUCGGUGGAGUUAUUCAAAUUUCAAUUUGGAAGUUGUUGAAACCUUAUGAAGCCUGGGAAGUGCGGGCUUAUUGAUGAUCUGGAAAUAAUAAAAUGGAGAAAAUUUGUGAAUUCUGCACGGCAUUUCAGCCAGUAGUUUAUUGCAAGGCUGAUGGAGCAUAUCUUUGCCUUUCCUGUGAUGCAAAGGUGCAUUCAGCUAAUGCGCUCUCCAAUCGACAUCUGCGUACCCUUCUAUGUGACUCGUGCAGAAAUCACCCAGCUUAUGCUAGGUGUUUGGAUCACCGGAUGUUUGUAUGUCGUAUCUGUGACCAGAACAUACAUGGAGUCUCUUCCCAGCAUCAGAAGAGGACUGUCAGCAGCUACUUGGGAUGCCCAUCUGCCAAAGAUUUUGCAGCAUUAUGGGGUUUUGAAUUGGAUGAGCUGGAUAAAAGUGCUAUUCAGGACCAUUUAUUUACUGCUUCAUGUGCUUCUGUGCAGCCUAGUGCAGCAGUCUUUGAAAUCCCUAGACCCAGAGAGUCAUGCCAAACAAUUGGAAGCUCUUCGAGGACAUCUAAGAUGUCAGGCAAAGAUCAACAACAGCAAAAUAAUGGCUUUAUUCUGCAACAGAUCCUUGAUUUGAAAAGGCUUCAGCUGACUGAGAUGGGUAACAGUUCACCUGUGGUUCGUGGUCGAGAAGAAAUGGAUGUAUCUUCUUCAAUAUUUGAAAGCUUGGAUAAGUUGGAUGACAGUGUUGAUCAUUUUCAGCAUCCUCAAGUUACUGGUAAUAGUGAGUAUCCACUUCAGGAAAUAAAGGUGGACUCUUUGCCUUUGUCAUUUUCUGAACCAGAAAUUUUGCCCUUGCCUUCAACUGCUGCAAAUCCUUUGCUUGGAGAGUCCUUUUGGCAAUGCAAAAGCCCAUUUCAAAGCAGCCAGUUGUGGUCUCAAAAUAUGCAGGACCUUGGGGUCUGUGAAGACAUUGUUUCUCAUGAUGAUUUUAACAUACCUGAUGUCGACAUAACAUUUCGCAACUUUGAGGAACUGUUUGGAACUGAGAAAGAUCCAGAUCCAAUCAAGGCACUGCUUGAUGAUAGAGAUGCAUCAUGCUCCUCCAUGGAUGACAUGUCCCUUGAUACACUACAUGACAGAAAUGCAAGAAUAAAGGAGGACACUUCUAUUGCAUCUUCUGUUUACACUAGUCAUCCUGAUCGCGUAGCCAAAGACAAGGUUUCUUCUAACCAGAUUUGUGAGUUACCGGGAAGUCUGCUGUUUUCUCGGACAAUACGGCCAUCUUAUUCAGCAAUGUCAUUCUCUCUUUCAAGGUUUGGCACUGAAAGAAGUGACACUGAAUAUCUUGAUAGUGGACUUUCACCACAUGUCACAGGGGCUCAAUUUUCAUGUCAUUCACCUGAUAAUGAGGGUGCACAUUCAGACAUCCAAGAAAAUGCAAUGGCAAGGUACAAAGUGAAGCAGAAGACUCGAGUGCAAGAAAACAAAAUUCGACAUGGACAGAAGAAAGCAAGAAGUGAUGUACAGAAGCGAGUAAAAGGCCGAAUAAUGAAGACAGAAGACUACGACUCUGAUACUAUUGAUGUAACAAGAAGUGUUUAAUUGGAUGUACUGUGCAAUGGCUAUGUACAUAAAACUAAAGCGGUUCAGCCGGUAUGUUAUUGUCAUACUUAUAUUUCAAUUCAACCGAUUCUUUUAUGUCUGUAUAUUUGAAGCCUGCUGCAUUGAAUGUUCUAAGCAGAUUGGUGAACUAUUUGUAGGAAAAUCUUAAAAUUUUCUUGUUACAGGCAUCAGGUGUUGUACUAGUGUACAUAAACUAGUUGACCAAGUAUUUGGUUUUUCGGAAAUAAAUUUCAUUUUCAAGUUGGUUA